AUGGAUGACACAGAUAUAGAAUACAAACCCUUAGAAGCCGUGCAUGUCGGUGAGAUAAUCGUCGGUCCGACUCCAGGUCUCAAGACCGUAAUCGAGAAGAUCAGAUUCUUGUGGUCUGCCAUACCAGUAGGUCAUGACAGAGACACAUUUCAUAAACAGAUCGUGGUAGGCCGUGAUAACGCCCGGGGUCGCUUGAGAACAGUGAUGAUAACCAGCCUCGGGGAGACCGACAUCGGGACGUCUAUCUCAGAUAGGUACAACGACAUACCAGAUCAGAAGAAGCGAGAAAUCACAAGGGAAGAAUGGAUGAAAAACAUAAGAUACUUUGUACCUUUAGAACCAACAGAACUCGAAACCGAUCCUACACACAUGUAUGAGCAACCUCAAGCGAAGGUCCAGUACCAAAGGGGACACAACAAAUUGGAAUUUGCGCAUUGGGCAUUUAUCGCAAAGGAGUUCUCUGUUGCCCCGAUUAACUCGCAAGGUCCCAGCCAUGAAAAGCACGUUGAAGUGUAUGUGUUCAGACUGAAAGCGCGUCAUGCAACCUUGACCAGCCACGGCAAUGGGCAUACUGCACCCUCAGCUGAACGAACUGAGAAAGCAGGUUGCAUGGGUGUCUACCGAGCCAUUGAACUGGAAAGCAUACGCUCAGAUUUUCUCCUGGGGAGUCUAUCUUUUCGAGUCGUACCUCACGUUCUUAAUCCGAACCCUUCGCACUUUCCUCUCAUCCGACUGACUAUUCAAAAGCUGGCAGCGCAUAUUGACGCUGAGACAUUCAAAAAGUCACAGAGCUAUGGAAGCGACAAGGGAUCUUUCUCUGGUUUCGACCUUGCAGGCCGUACUAUCUCGCGUUUCGGGUAUGGCCCGGAUUACGAGAUCCGUAGUGUUCCUAUGCCGCACUACAUUUUAUUAACUUCUGUGUGGAUUCUCCAAUCGAACACGUUUGUCUUAGAAGAGAAGCACGCAUUCAACAAGGCAACGCCCAAGUUGUUUGUGACCGACCUGGUGAAGGGCUGGCUCCUCAUGCUCGCCAUCGGCGCACCCUUCCUGUCCGUACUUAUUCGCAUUUUGAAUGGGCAGGAGAUUGAUUCGUACCAUGGCUUAUGGGAUUCCUCCUUCGAUAGUCAUCCUUUACCCGACCGUCAUACAGCCUCUCUUUGCCAACCUAUCGCCUCUCAAGGAAGGAGACUUGCGCACUCGGAUCGAAGCUCUGGUCAUGUGGCUCAAAUUCCCGCUAAAGCACCUACACGAGACCGAUGUUCUAAACGUAGUUCACAGAGUAACCCAUAUUUCUUCGGACUGUCAUGGGUAUGCUCAUUUCCAACCUUUCUUGGCGAGUCGCUAAUUUAUGCUUCACACGGAGCAAACACAUCGUCAUCUUCGACACACUCAUCGCAGAAAGCACAUCCAAAUAAGUCGAAGCGGUCCUCGCACACGAACUAUGUAGGCCACUGGCUCUUUGCACACCCAACCAAACUCCUCUUCAUCUCUCAAUUCCACAUUUUCUCUAUCCCUGCCCUCUUCCCAGCCUUCUUACACGCCCCACCCGUGCUCCGCGCAUUCGACUUCCCUCAAACGGUUGCCGAGAUUCCCCCGUCGAUCGUCGCUUUCUUUUUGUUCCAGAUGAUCUUGACACCCGCGGAAGCUGUGAUUGGCGCGGUGAUGAAUGCUCUGUCUCGGCGUUUUGAGUGGCAAGCAGAUCGAUUUGCGCGCGAGCUUGCUCAACGGCUCAAGGAACCGAGCACGGAGGAUAUGGAUACGAGACUCAGACGUGCCCUUACUACGCUCCUUGUUAAGAAUCUGUCAACCAUCUGGGUCGAUUGGCUAUACUCUGCUUAUCGUCACUCUCACCCGACUCUAUUGGAACGGCUACGUGCUAUAAAUGCGUUCCAGGCGACAAAACUUGAUGCUGCAAACACGGCAGUGAAGAAAGAACUCUAG